CGCCAGCCUUCCAGAAAGCUCUGACGCCCGUCUUUCUCGGACCUUACAUCCAGCUGCUCCUGCUUCGAAGCCCCCGAAGCCUUCGCUCCGUAUCCUUAUCCCAAACCAGCCAGCCUCGCAGGAACCUGCACCCGACCAGAUUCCCUUCCCCGCAUACCUACUAGCUGCCAUCCGCGACCCGAGCAUCAUGUCUGCAAUGGCCGCAACUUACGACAAGCCCAACGACACUGUCGACUGGGGCGAGGACUACGACUACAACGGCUAUGAGUGGUUCAAGGACCCCCCGCCACGGCCUGAGCCUGCGCCGCCGCAGCCGAUGCCUGCGAUGCCCGACCAGGCGGCCAUGCAUCAGAACGCGAUGUUUGAUUUUGCGCUCAAGAGCGCACCCAAUGUCCUCUACGCGAGGUACAAGCAGUACGGCCAGGACUGCCGCGUCGCUCCACAGCUCGGCGUCCUCGCAUGGAGCUCCGAGUUCAGCGAGAUGAUCGACGCAUUGAAGGUCCUCGGCUUCGAGGGCAACAUGUUCGUCGCGACCCGCACGCAGGCUCUCCGGACGUGCGAGGAGAUCGUCAAGCUCCUCAAGACGAACAUCAAGGUCGACAUGCAGAUCAUCAUCCUCUAUCUCUGCAACCAGGUCGUGCGCCUGCGGCGGUUCCUCGAUGGCGACCACCAGUGGAAUGAUUACCCCGAAACGACUUUCCCUAUUGACCCAUAUAAGCAUGGCGCGGAGUAGCCGCGUUCUGGACCUGCGUUUCUCCUUGAGCCGUCUGUCUGGUUGUGUGUUUAUCUCGGUCUGUAUGUGGGCCCGGGUGUGUUCUUCUCUUUCAAUGUCUUGUCAUGAAUCUGCACCAUCUGUAACUAUAUUACUGCUACAUACAAGUCUCCUUUCGAUACCUCGCAAUGUCGCUCGUCAUGUCUGUCUAGGUUCAUUAACGGUACUUAAGGCGCAAGGCCUGCAAUUCAAUUCAAUGCGAACGCUAACGCGGCAACGUAACAUCGCUUUAUCGU